GUACUGAGCCAUGAGCACUAAACCAAACCAACGAGUAGGGUUUUAGAACGUAGUCCUGUACGCGCCAUUAUCAGAAGAAAGACUUCUCUUUACCAUUAUAUUCUGUACGCCUAGUACGGUCGAAAUGUUAUAAUCAAAUACAUUUGUGCUGAUUUGUACGAUCUGGAGAUUUGUAAAAUUACGAAAAAAAUUUUGAAGAGAUUCGGCUGGUUUUUGUCAGUUUCAACUUCGUGGUUUGACAUGUCAAAUCCAUCAGAGCGCAUCAAUUAUGUGCAAGAUAGUAGCAGCGAUACGGAAACUGACUAUAAAGAGUCUGAAGGAAGAGGGAGACAUCGGUUGUACAAAAAUAGAUUAAGUUGUGGUGGCUCCUCGAAGCCGAAAUCUUGUCUGGUACAGAGGGACAGCAGUGGCGAUCGACACUGUCAUUCUUUCAAUUCUGGCAAAAACACACAUGGCACAAAUCUCACAAGUCAUCAUAACAGGAUUCGUUCAAACUUAGGUAUGAUUAAACAGAAUCAAAAUCAAAACCAAACUAGUAACAAGGACAAUACCAUAUCAACUGGAUCAACAACAGUGUCCACUACCGGAACUAGCAAUCAACCUGCCAGCGACGAAAGAAUCACUCUUAUCGUUGAUAACACUAGGUUUAUCAUUGAUCCAGCUUUAUUCACAGCACAUCCUAAUACUAUGUUAGGUCGCAUGUUUAGCUCUGGUGUAGAAUAUGCUCAGCCUAAUGAACGAGGCGAGUAUGAGGUUGCUGACGGUAUCUCUGCCAUGGUAUUUCGCGCCAUUUUGGAAUUCUACAAAAGCGGAGUAAUUCGGUGUCCUCCAACUGUAAGUGUUCAGGAACUUCGAGAGGCUUGUGAUUACUUGUUGGUGCCUUUUGAUGCUAGUACAGUCAAAUGUCAGAAUCUUAGAGGAUUAUUACAUGAGUUAUCAAACGAAGGUGCGCGUUGCCAGUUUGAAGUGUUCUUAGAGGAUUUGAUUUUGCCAUUAAUGGUGAACAGUGCACGACGUGGCGAUCGUGAAUGCCACAUUGUGGUUCUACUCGAAGAUGACAUCGUUGAUUGGGAUGAAGAAUAUCCGCCUCAAAUGGGAGAAGAAUACUCUCAAACUGUUAACAGCACAGCGAUGUAUCGCUUUUUCAAAUAUAUUGAAAAUCGGGACGUAGCCAAACAAGUGAUGAAGGAACGAGGUUUGAAAAAGAUUCGCUUAGGUAUCGAAGGUUAUCCGACUUAUAAAGAAAAAGUGAAAAAACGCGCCGGUGGUCGUGCUGAAGUCAUCUACAAUUAUGUUCAACGACCCUUUAUUCACAUGUCUUGGGAGAAAGAAGAGGCUAAAAGUCGCCACGUAGACUUUCAAUGCGUUAAGUCCAAAUCAGUGACAAAUCUCGCUGAAGCAACAGCUGAUCCUGUUCUAGAUGCGGCUGGAAAUCCUAUGCUUCUACAGGUUGCUGAAGGAGCAGUUCCUCAACCGGAAAUAGUUGGUCUUCCUAUGGGUUCUGAUGCUGAUGUAGACGGACUAAUGGGAUCUGGCGAUCAAGAUUUAGGUCCGUUACCAUCUGACGAACUUCCUUAAAAAUAAAUAAAUUAAAGUGAAGAAAUAAAUUAAAGUGAAUUCGAAGUGUUGCAGCAUAAAAUUGAAAAGAAAUUAGAGAAAAUCCUUAAAUGCUGUUGAAAAGCAUGCAAACAAAAUUUUCGAAAAGAAACAAACUUGAAUAACUUAUGUAUAAAGAAGUGAUUUUAGACGUGAUGAUAUUAAUACCAACAUGCUCUUUUCUUCUUAAAUCACUCUUUACCUUAAAAAAAACUUAUUAAAAUUAAAAAUAGAUGUUUUUGUCUAUACAGGAUAUCCAAAAAUCAAAAUAUUUUAUAUAUAAUGACAAAGUUUUUAGAAUAUUCUAAGACAAAACUUCUAAUACAAAAUGGAGACUAUAAUAAAUUUUCAGUUAUGAGAUUAAAAAUUAAUUUUGCAUAUACAGCAUUUAUUCUUUGAUAUUUGAUGCUUUUGCGGUGUGUUAUAAAAAUUCUUGAAUAUAAUUUUUUUUAUAUCGAAGUUUUGUAGACAUUUCAGUUUCCUUCAUCAAGUUUCAAGAAUAACCUGAUGAAGUGUUCUUGGCUAAGUAUCUUUUUAUAGCGCUAAGUUGCGGAAAAGGGGAAUGUAAUAGAAAAGAAGUAAAGUAGUAUAGAGAAUGUGAUAUUAUUAAAUGUAUCACUGAUUUGAAAAAAAUAGAUGGUAGUAGAUUGAUUAUUUGGUCAUUGUUCCUGUCAAGAUUAGAUGUUUAUGUAACUACAAGAAUUCCAUAUAUUUUCUGGAAAAAUGUUAUAAUUUUGACUAGUACUAUAAUUUACUCAAACAUGAUUUUGUAAUCAGUUUUUAAAUAGUGUUUUGCCAACAUUGAUUGUGUAUGGUGCUUUAGUCGUAUUGUUGAUCUAUUUUCUUUUAUUUAUGUACUUAGUCUGCCAGUUUCUUCUAUGUAUACUCUUUUCUGCGUAAACAAGUAUUUUGUAUACUUUUACUUUAUUCAAUGAAGGUCUUAUCUUUUAGGUAGUUAAGAAUCUAUCCUAUUUUUCUCAAUAGUUUAUAAAUAAUUCUUAUGUUGUGUUUGUUCAAAAUUCUGCCAAUCUUGUUUGUAACGUCAUGUAUAUAUGAAAGGAAAAUGAUUCGUUUAUGUAAGUUAAAUUAAGUUUAAUGUUCUCGUGAUUGAACGUUUUGGUGUGUUGGGAGAUAGUUUUGUUUGAUGUUUUCUGAUUACUUUGUUUAUAUUUGUUGUUAUGUGUAACCAUUUUGUUGAAUAAUGUUUUUCAAUUCUUUGUGUUUAUUUUGAAUGCUGUCUUUGUCAUAAUGAAUAUUCUGUAUAUUAAUGAAUUUAUAACUGUUUUUGAGCUAGAUGAUGGCGUGAUGUAGAUAUUGAUUGGUAAAUGGGUUUUCUAUAGAUUUAGUAGUCUAGGAAGCUAUCUGAUUUUCUUAUGAUAUAAAACUAAUAUUGAGAAUUUAUGUUCUGUUUCUAAAUGUAAAAAUAAUGUUUGGAUGUCGCAAAUAUAUAUGUAUAUUAUGUUUUCGCGUUUUAUCAUUGUUAGUUUAUUGGUUUUUAUGUAAUAUUUUAUAUAUUGUUUAUAUUAACUAUAAUAACCAUAAGCGCGCGAAAUGCUAAUCUGUCUUUUAUACAUAGAUGCACGCUCAUUCGCGGAUCUUUACUACUUAAUAACUUGGUAAUUAUUGCAAUCCUUGCAAAGUGAAGUGACAGUACAUUUUAACUCAAUAUAACCCUCUCUAUCUCCUCACGAGCGGUAAUAGGGCUAUUACCGGAUAUCCUAUAAAUAAAUAUUGUAUAUAAUUUGUAUAUAUUUUUAUAACUAUAUAUAAAUAUGUUGUGUGUGUAUGUGUGUGUGUGUCGCAACAUUGAAUUGGCUUUAACUAUUUGUGUUGCAAAUUUUACGGUUCGAGAUUACAUAGUUAUAUUUAUUAUAGAUUGUUGGUGACAACCAAAAAAAAUACAUACAUUGGUUGCGUUGGAGGGGCGCGCUAUCUGCGUUACUGCAUCAAUCUCUCUUUAUUACUCAUUACAUGUAAGAUAGCCUCUUAUCUAAUUACCCCCCCCCCCUAAUAUUCAAUCAAGUGUAAAAACUAUUAUUUUACAGUGAGUGAUAAAUAAAAUUAAUAUUAAAAACUUUUUUAUAAAACAACACUUGCGCGUCGGAAAAAAUAGCGUUUUUUCUUAAAAAUAAAAUUUAGAAAAGAAUGAAGAACUAUUAAAUACAUGAAUAAUCUAAUCCCGUAUAAAGUAUAAGUAUGAAGUUCUCCAAAGUGUGAAAAUAUUGCACAAAAAAAUGGCAUCGUAAAUGACGACGAUUUUGCAAUGAUUGCACUAA